GUUCCGACCUGUCAAUCAAAUCUUUUCUAUCAGCCAAUCAGAUCGUUACGCAUAAUUAGGCGCAGUGACACUUCGAUCGGCGGCCAUGUUGUCCCACAAAUAAACAUGUGGGAAGUCUGUUAGGCACAUCAAACUUUCGGGCGAAAUGGUUCUGCGAUGCGCUUGGGGGACAUGUAAUGUCGAUGAGAGGUACCCGGAGAGGCUAAAGAAUGGAGUAAAGUUGAUUUUGUUCCCCAAACCUAAGACUAAUUUAGAAAAAUGCCUCCGUUGGAUCAAAGCAUGCGGGCGCCCACACGACCAGCUGAACGUCCAGCGUAUAAAUAAACACAAAGCAGUAUGCUCAAAGCAUUUUGUUGGAGGUGAUGGACCAACUGAGCAGUUUCCAGAUCCUAUACCAGCUGAUGGCUCAGUUCUACGACCAACAAGACCACCUCUUAAACGGACUUCUUCUGAAAAUCAAACAGUGUCGACAAAAAAGAGAAUUCUAAGUAAGGUGGAUGGAGAAGGCAGUGUGAAUACAAUUCCAACUGAGGAUGAAGCUCCAAACAAAAAAAACAAUGGCAGCAACAUAGCUGUACAAACAGAAGAACCUUGGGUUUCUGGGAUGGAUAUGUUUGCAAUGGCUACAAAACUACACGUGUUAAAAGAAAAAGAGAAGCAGUAUAAAGAGACCAUCAGCAAACUGGAAACAGAAAUAAAAGAGCUUAAAGAUCAACAGAAAUCUGAAAAUCAGAAGCCAACAUUUGGAGUUGAUGAAGUACUCAGAAGACAGGAAAAGUUAAAAAAUGUAUUCAAAUAUUACACUGGGAUCACCUAUAUUAGAUUUGCAGGUCUUCUGGCAUUUUUGGUACCUGCUGGAUCCUCGAUAAAUUAUGAAAAGGGUCGAAAAGACAUCAGGAAAUUGUCAAUGCAAGAUGGACUGUUUUUAACUUUAUGUAGAUUGAGACAUAAUUUUGGUCUAAAAGAUCUAUCAGUAAGGUUUAAACUAUCACUACAGUCAUCAGGAAUUGUAUUCAAUACUUGGAUUUCACAUAUGUACUUUAAGUUGGGGCAACUUUGUAUUUGGCCACAUCGUGAUAUUAUUAUUAAUAACAUGCCAAAAGAUUUUAAACAUGAUUACCCCACAACUUUGAUUAUAAUUGAAGAAACUGAAUUUAGAACACAAGCACCAUGUGCACUUGGUUUGCAAAGUCAACUUUACAGUGAUUAUAAAUCAAGCACUACUUUAAAGGCAUUAAUUGGUUGUGAUCCAAAUGGUUCUGUGAUUUUUGCAUCUGAAUUGUUUACAGGAUGUAUUUCAGAUAAACAAAUUUGUGAACAGUCUGGGUUUUAUGAUGUUCUUGAAACACUGCAGUCAAAGGGUUAUGUUAAAGAAGGCGAUGCUAUAAUGGCUGAUAAAGGUUUUACUAUUAAGGAAGAAUUAAGUAAACUUAAUUUGCUGCUGAACAUUCCGCCAAUGGCUUCAUCAACAUCUCAAAUGUCGGUUUCAGAUACUAUUCUUACUGAAAAAAUUGCAAAACAUAGAGUACACAUUGAAAGACUUAUUGCUAAAGUUAAAACCUACAAGAUACUAUCUGUGCGCAUCCCAACAUCAUUGUUUAAAAAUAUUAACAAAAUCUGGUCUGUAUGUUGUCAUUUGACACUUUUUCAUGAUGUGUUUGUAACAGACAGUAAACAUAGUAAAUAGUCUACUUUAUUCUGAGUUAGACAUGUCAGUUGUAGUGACACAUAUCAUUGACUUUGACAUUCAGCAUUGUGAUGUGGAUAAUUUAUAUACUGUAUUUUUCAAUUAUUAGCAAAAUGAAAUUUUCCAAACUGCAUUUAUAUCUUACUUAAUAUUAACUGUGGUUAUUGUAUACAUGUACCUGAUAUGACAAUAUUGAGCCUAUCUGCACAUCACCAAGGGGGGUGUUUACUAAUGAGUGAUCUGCAGACACAGUAUAUUCCAGAGGGGUUCCUUUUAAUGAACUCAACUGCAGUAUGUCAUUUUUGGACACUUUGGGUAGACUGAUAUGAAAUAAAUGGUGUAUGAAUUAAUAUUUUUUCAAGUUGUGAUUUUUUUGUUAAUAUUAUUAUUAUGACUGAUCAAUUUAAAAAAACUGAACUUAUAUUUAUAGGAAAUUGUA